CAUCCCAAAAAAACACAACCCCUUAUCUUCUUCUAUUUCGCUCCAACCGCACAAACAAUGGCGACCAGCCUCGCCACCCUCCGCCCCUUCCCCACAACCUUCUCCUCCAAACCCUUUCCAAUCCCACCAAAUCUCCAUCCCCUUCUCCGUCUUCCCCGCCGUCGGCCGCCGCGGAUCCAUCAGAUCUCCGCCUAUAAGGUCACCUUGGAGCACGAGGGCGCGACUCGGACGUUGGAGGUGGAGGAGGACGAGACGAUCCUUGGGCGUGUUCUGGACGAGGGCCUGAAUGUGCCCCAUGACUGCAAGCUCGGGGUUUGCAUGACCUGCCCUGCUCGCUUGCUUAGCGGCUCCGUCGAUCAAAGUGAGGGCAUGCUCAGCGAUGACGUUGUGGAGCGUGGCUAUGCCCUACUCUGUGUCUCUUAUCCCCGCUCAGACUGCCACAUUCGCACUAUCCCUGAGGAUGAGCUUCUUGACCUCCAACUCGCCACCGCCAAUGACUGACCUCCUCUUCCUCCUCCUCUCUAUCUAUUGGUAAUUUAUACUUCUCUAGCUUAGCUUUAGCUCUAUGUUUCAGCUGUUUAUCUUGCUUUCUUAUUUAUAUCUCUAUGAAAAGGCUGAAAUUUAGGUGCUUUUUUAGUUUAUAAUGUUGAUUUUGUACUGUGGUGUUUUUUCAAAUAAUAGCUAUGUGGAAAUCCUGUGCAUGAUGUUGUUACUCUUUUGUGGAUUCAA